AUGCUCUAAAAUAGUUCCUCAGAAAUUACACAGCCUUUGCUAGAUGGGUAUAAUAAACCUGAUAAAAAAUCUAAUGAGUUUCAAGAUAUUGUCCCUACCGAUUAUUAGUGGAUUCUUGAUAAAUAUCAAGAAGUUGAUUAUUCAAAGGAGGAAAGUAGAAUUUAAAAAACAUUAAUAAAAAUUGAGGGGAAAAUAGAAUAAAUUUUUAUAUUAGAACAUAAAAAUUUGAUAAUAUGCAAAAGAGAUAAUUCAUUUUUAGAUGUCGUUAAGAAAGAUUCUUCUUAGCUAAUUAAAACUGUUUAAAUUUACUAGGGUUCAAACAUAACCUAUUAGGUUUAUGAUAACGCUGAUUACAUUAUGUUUUAAAUUUAAAAUGGAAAUAUUUAUCUUUAUAAACUUGAAGAAUUUGAGAAAGAGGCGGGAAAUCAUUUAAUUGAAUUAUAAUUUGAAUAACCUAGUUUAUUUAAAUAUUCUUCAAUCUAAUCUCAGUUUGAUGUACUAGUUACUUUAUAUGAUGAGAUAAUAUUAUUUCGUCUAGAUAAGAAUAUCAACGUUUUUGAAGUUGAUUAUGCCAAUCAAUCACAAUUUUAUGUUAAAAAAUAUGUUUAUUCUCGGCAUUAAAUAUUUUUCAAAGAUUAGUUAGAUGAUGUAUUUAGAUUUGAAUGA